AUGUCCACCUACGAAGCCAAGCUCUCCAAAGACGGCCAUGUCUACACAAAGAGAGACGGUCUAGUCGGGGGUCUUAAUACUUAUGCUGUCAUUCAACCCCACAGGAAAGUUCGCUCCGUCGAUGAAGAUAGUGUCUGGGAGGCCAUCGUUAUUGGUGCAGGCUACGCUGGAUUAGUUGCUUCCCGAGAUCUGGUCAAAGUUGGGAAGAAGACUUUGCUUGUUGAAGCCCGUGAUCGUAUAGGUGGUCGAACUUGGAGUGCGGAAGUCGAUGGAACGACAUACGAGAUGGGCGGUACCUGGGUUUCGCAUGUUCAUGGCCGUCUGUUCGCAGAGAUGCAGCGUUACGGCCUCCAAGACCAAGUGAUGACGACGCGUACUGAGGAUGGCGGAUGCUCCUACUUCACUCUCGAUACCGGCUCAGGAACGCGCAAGUUCAGCCUUCAGGAGGCCGCGGAGAUGACAGCCCGAGCCUGGCGAAUUUUUAUCAACAUUGACGGUAAUGAGGGACGAGGCAUCUGCCCACUACCUCACUCCUCUCUCGGAAACGUCCGUGUCUCUUUCGACCAGAUCAAAGCAGUCGAUCAGCUAUCGUGCCGUGAUCGUAUCGACCAAAUCCGGCAUCUCCUGACAGCCGAUGAGCUAGCCUUGAUCGAGUCUCUGGUUCCUCAUUGUGGCGGUGGCUCGGUCGAGAGUAUUAGCUUCCUAGAAAUGAUUCGUUCGCAGGCUCUCCAGGGCUACAGCCCCGAGACCUUCGAAGAUAUUUGGACUCUCUACAAGGUUCGCGGGGGCCAGUCCACACUCGCCCGUCGUAUCUUUGACGAUGCAGUCAAACAUGGUCUUCAGUACGCAUUCGAAACUCCGAUCAAGUCGAUCAGAGAGAAGGACAGCAUGGUGUCCCUCACCACAGUCAGUGGCAAAAUCUAUCGUGCUCAGCGCGUCAUCAACACUAUCCCGAUCGCUGUCCUUCCCACGAUCUCAUUUGACCCUCCUCUCUCACCUCUCCGCCGAGAGGCCCUCGAAAUCAACCAGGUCUGCUACCUUACUAAGAUCCAUGCGGAAGCUGAGGGUGACCUUCGUGGCCUCAGGGGAUGCACCUGGCCCGGAGACUUUCUCUACAUCUACGGCGAUGGUUUCUGCGCCGGCGGCAGGUCGACACGCAUCACCUCGUUUGCCGGUGAUAAUCGCGGUGUCCUCGACCCUCUUAAGGAACCAGAGCGGCUGGAGACUGCCCUACAACGAUUCCACCCCAUGAAUAUCAAGAAGGUCGUAUUCCACGACUGGGUCAGCGACCCUUAUGCGAAAGCUGGGGCCGCCUGGUAUCCCGCUGGCUUUCUCACAAAGUACCUGGCUGAGCUGCAGAAGCGCCAUGGGAAUGUCCUCAUGGCUAGCGCCGACUGGGCACACGGAUGGAGAUCUUUCAUCGAAGGUGCCGUCGAGCAAGGUGCCCUUGCCGCCAACGUGGUUAUGGAAGAACUUGGUGUUCUGGGUGCGAAUCCCCCUCCUGGAACAUUAGCAAAGAUAUAA